AUGUCUAGCGAAGUAACUUAUACCCCGAAGAAUAUUCUUCUGACAGGAGGAGCAGGUUUCAUUGCUUCCCAUGUUGCCAUUCUUCUCUGCAAGAAGUAUCCCGACUACAACAUUGUCGUUUAUGAUAAAUUGGAUUACUGUUCCUGUUUGGAGAACCUAUCCGAGCUCAAGGACUUGCCAAAUUUCAAGUUCAUCAAGGGUGACAUUGUCACAGCCGACUUGGUUUCCUUUGUCCUCAGAGAAGAGAAAAUCGAUACCAUCCUUCACUUCGCAGCCCAAACCCAUGUCGACAACUCCUUUGGAAAUUCCUUUGCCUUUACCCAUUCCAACAUUUACGGAACUCACGUCCUUCUGGAAAGUGCCAAGGCUUGCAAAACCGUCAAACGAUUUGUUCAUGUUUCGACCGAUGAGGUUUACGGGGAGGGAGAGAGUUUCGAAACUGACCCCAUGUCUGAAAAUCAUGUCUUGGAACCCACCAACCCAUACGCCGCCACCAAGGCUGGAGCCGAGUUCUUGGUCAAGUCGUAUUACCGAAGUUUCAAGCUCCCAUGCCUCAUUACUAGAGGAAACAAUGUUUACGGUCCUCAUCAGUUCCCUGAAAAGCUUAUCCCCAAAUUCACCAAUCAGCUCAUGAAAGGUAUGAAGCUAACCUUGCAUGGCGACGGAAGCAACACCCGAAACUUUAUGUACGUCACUGAUGUCGCGAACGCAUUCGAUGCUAUUAUGCACAAGGGAGAACCUGGUCACGUUUACAACAUUGGUGGACGCCACGAACUUGCCAAUCUUCAAGUCGCAAAGGAUCUUUUGAAGAUCUUUGGUCUCGAACAGGAACAAGACAAAAGGAUCACAUUUGUAUCAGACCGAAAGUUCAACGAUUUGCGUUACACCAUUGACUCUAGUAAACUCCACGCCCUUGGAUGGAAAGAAGAAAUGACUUGGGAAGAAGGUUUGAAGACCACUGUCGAGUGGUACAAGAAGUUCACAAACCGUUACGGAAACAUUGAUGAUGCAUUGGUUGCUCACCCAAGAAUGCUCAAUAAUACCUCUGCUUCCAUUAAUGACGAUGUCAUGAUGGGAGAAUAA